AUACAGGAAGUAAUGAGCGUCACUGGAACAGUGGGGAACUAAGCAAGCAUGCAGAAAAAUGUCAGGAUGGUAUUUAAACUGUACCUAUGUCUGAGCUGAAAACGGGACAUCGAGCAUAUAUGGUCAGCGUAGGCCCUCGUCUUCCAUGCCUGUUGUCCCAGGCCACCCACGAUUGGAGCAAAAUGAUCCCAUGAACCCUCUGCGCAUCUCUGUAGGAGGCCUCCCUAUGUUGGCUUCCAUGGCCAAAACCACAGACUCUCGUUUCCGCCUAAAGUGGAGGCCCAUAGUUGCUGUGCUGUUCUCACUUGCUCUGGUUCUGCUGCUUCUCAUGCACCUGAACUCAGGCUUUCACUCCAGAGCCUCCACCAGUUGGAAGUCCAGUCCUAGGCGGUCCAAUCAGGAGACCCUUUACAAUGACACCUAUCCUCUCACUCCACCGGAGCGCACAUCCAAGGGCACCCGCUACCGUAUUGGGGUCAUUGCUGACUUGGAUACAAGCUCACUGAGUGACAAGAAGCUGACGUGGUUCAGUUACAUGCGGCGGGGACACCUGCUGGUCUCUGAGAGUGGAGACAAAGUGAGCGUGGAGUGGGAUGCAGAGCGCAUCGUGCUGGAGAGCCACCUCUCAGAGAAAGGACGAGGAAUGGAGCUGUCAGAGCUAGUAGCAUUCAAUGGAAAAUUGUACACUGUUGAUGACCGCACAGGAGUAGUGUAUCAAAUAGAAGGAAACAAGGCUGUGCCCUGGGUCAUUUUACCUGAUGGGGAUGGCAGUGUUGCCAAAGGGUUUAAGGCUGAGUGGCUUGCAGUAAAAGAUGAGCAUCUCUAUGUUGGUGGUUUGGGAAAGGAGUGGACAACUACAGAAGGUGAAUUUGUCAACAAUAACCCAGAGUGGGUCAAAGUGGUGGGCUUCAGGGGAGAUAUCCAACACGAGAACUGGGUACCUCAAUACAGGGCUCUCAAGGUGGCUGCAGGCAUAGAACCUCCAGGUUAUUUUAUACAUGAAUCAGCAGCCUGGAGUGACACCCUGCAGCGCUGGUUCUUCCUUCCACGUCGUGCCAGCAAACAGCGCUACGAGGAAACUGCAGAUGAGCAGCGAGGCACUAACAUGGUGCUCAGCUGUUCAGCGGACUUUAAAGACAUCCGUGUGAGCCACGUGGGGGAGCUCAACCCCACUCAUGGCUUUUCCUCCUUCAAGUUUGUUCCCAACACAGACGACCAGAUCAUCCUGGCUCUGAAAUCUGAGGAAGACGCCGGUAAAAUAGCAACAUACAUUAUGGCCUUUACUCUUGAUGGACGCAUCCUUCUGCCAGAGACCAAGAUUGGAGAUGUGAAAUACGAAGGUGUGGAGUUUAUUUAGCGCACUGACAGACUAGAAAGUCUUCACUGUUAGGGCCACUGCUCUGUGGUUCUGUCCUGUUUACAUUGCUGUCACUGUUGGGAGUACAAAAAGGGCAAAGAUCCAGUUUGGGGAAAUUGUUCAAAUUUAUUUGAAUAAAGUACUGUACUACAGUACUGUACAGCUUUUCAAAUGAUGAAUGUAAACCAAAUAAUACAUUAGACUGUGAUUUUAUCUGUAAUCUUUCAUUUUAUACAUACAACACAUGGCUGAUAUUGCACAAUAUUACACCACCAGUCCUACUCUUUUAUUUGAACUUUGAAGGAGAUAUUUUGUUGUAAAUUAAAUGUUGCUGUAUGUAACCUUUUGGGGAUAAGUAAA